AUGCUCCAAGAUGUGCAAGAAGUGCAAAAAGCUAUGGCUGAGUAUAGCACUACGAAAUCUGGUCUCCUCGCAAGCAACGGCUCUGGUAACUGCUUCACAAGCUAUGCCGCCCUUGCUUUCCAAGAAGAAAUUACUACUAUAAAGCAAUCCAUCAUCUCGCCUGAUACACCAACUCGUCAUUUAGAAACAGCGAAGGGACUUCUAGCGGAUGCACUCGCAAGUCCAGACCACGCAAGUCUCCACAUAGUCUACGUCGCAGCAACCGUAAACAUCGACGCUUUCCCGUCUCAAUCCAGUAUGUUGAAGCCUCCAGAGAGCAUGAAAGGCAAACCGGGUAUCAGCUUCACCAUCGCUGCAGAGCGUCCGCUUUCUGUAGGCUCCUGCUACAUACUCAGCAGCAACCCCGAAGACGACCCGCGAUUGACCCGGCGUACCUCUCGCAUCCCGCUGAUGCUGAGGAUAGAACUUGCGGAGAAGAUGCGGACGACUAGUCCAUUCAGUGAGAAAAUCAAACAAAGAAUAUUCCCGCCUGAGAGCGUGGAAUUGGGGAAGAAAAAGGAGAGGCUGGCGUAUUUGAAAGGUGCUGUUACCACGUAG